GUCGACGUCCGACGAACGAGCAGCACGACCCACCCCCCCUUCACUACCUUUGCACGACGGCAACUAAAGCAUGUCACCCGGGACAUAACGAUCGUCAGUGCGAGUUGCCGGUGGCGAAUGUCCUCGAAGCGAAAGAUCAGGAGACCCACACGCCGGUCCUACGCCGUCAUCAGAAGGCAAGACGCCGACCUCGUUGAUGAUGUCGUCAAGACGAAGACGCCACACGACGUUGACAUUGGCAGAUGGCACAGCCCGGUCUCUGAAUUGGGGUCCGGGCAUAUGAGCAACACGGUGUGCACGAUGGCCAUGUUUCGAUGGUCAAAAAUCUACAACAACAAACCAUGGGCUCUGGACUGGGUUGGUGGUCUGCAUAGGCCUGGGUGUGGGGCCGUCGUCUUCUUGAGUGAUGACAAUGGUGCGACGUGGUACUGCAGUGGUGGUGUUGAGAAAUCUGAGAGCGCCAGGAAUACCUAUGACGGGAGGUCGUUCAGGACCAUCUUUAUUACGUCAGUUUUCGACAAGGAUGGCACAAAUUGGGUCAAGGAAGACAAGAAGGUCGGCCUUGACUUGCGGCUCUUUCAAGGCUACGGCGUCAAGGCUUUCUCCAUGAAAGCAUUUGACGUGCGCGGGGACGGCACCGAGCUUCGCAUGCUGACUGCAGAACAGUUCCUCAAUAGAACGAACGGCUACCGCGUCACUGGCUGCCUUCCUGUCGUUGAAAGUUCCUUGGAGCUCACCAAACCCUUGGUGAAAUUCAGCAGCCCGGCGGACCAACUGCCAGGCGUUGUUAAGGAGUACAGGGAAGCCUUCUCGAGGCUGCCUCUGGACCAGCAAGCCGACUGCGCUUUCGUGCCCUUUGUCACGAGCUCGAGGAAAUCGCGACAGACGCCAUCCGCGCCGGUUGGGAAGAGGAAACAGUUGGCUGCUUGUCCAGCUCCGCCUUUGCCAGCCGCGUCGCCCUCGCCCUUGCCCACGGUGAGGGGAGGUCACGAUAUCGCUCAAUGUUCCAGCGAGGCUACGGAGUACGAUGACAAAAAUUUGUACACGCGCAAUGCUCCGCGUGACAGUGCCCAGGAAGGUGCGACUGCCCUCACUGAGCGAAACGAGGAGGAAGAAGAUAGGGGAAGUUCCGGUCCACGUGAAGACGAUGGUGAUGACGAGUAUAUGGAUGUUGGGGAUGAGAACAUGCAGGACCAAAACAUGCUUGGCGAUGACGACGUCGGUACGCGAGGGUAUUUCAAUGUCUCCGCCUUCGACAACACGCGCGAAAAUCGGGCCAUGAUGUUGUCCUUCGAGGAUGUUGUCCAUGAUAUGAGGCAAUGGUGUAUCGAUAACCAUCGAAUCGAGGCCCCGAAAGGCAAGGUCGGCGAUAAGGAUGCGGUCGCCGUUGCGCACAAAAAAAAGUGGCAGAAUUUCUUAAGGGCCUCCAUGGGGAAGGCAUGCGACAAGGCGUUCGUGAAGCAAGCACUCAAGAAUGAGUACAGUAAGGAUUGGAGAAAUAAACUCCGUGGCUACAUGAACCUCGCCAGAUCCACCGAGGCUGUGUGGCCACUGGUCGAGAAGUUCUUCGAGAUGUUCAACGAGGGGAAGCUGUCAGUUGGCGAUGGUAAAAUACCGCUUGACAUGCCGGGUAGGAUGGAGGGGCGUCAGCCAGGCCCGUACACCGACAAGACGAAGGGGCAAAGAACAUUAUACCAUUGCAAAUACGCGAGAGAUGGUCCCAAAGGCUCCAUCGUGUCGUGGAAGGAUCUUUGUCCUUCCUACUUCAAAAAUUUUGGGGAUUUGACGUGCCGCGAGAGGGAAGUUGCACUGCUCCUCCUCAUGAAAGGGAAGGUGGUCGCAACGAACGUCAAGGUCAUGCCUCCGAGAGUGAAUACGGAGUGCCUCCUCGACAUCAUGCGCAAGGAACGGUACAUGGUCCGUAUGUUCAACUACGUUGUUUUUCGCGCCGAGGAAAGGGCGGACGAUGAGUGGAAUGAUGUCUUCUUCAUGUCAUACAAGGACCUCGAAGACAGGUAUGGGCCGAACGGUCUGUGUGCAGCUGAAUGGGAGAAGGAACGGGACAAGCUAGAUGUCAGCAAAGUGAAGACGGUCCCUCGACGGCUUGGAGGGGUGGAGGAGGCAAGGCAAGGAUCAGGCUUGGGCCCUACGGCGGCAAUGUAUAAGGAGGCUCCGUUCCACUUUAAGGUGUUUGUAUACACCUCAAUCGAUAAGCUCGAUCUGCUUCGGGCGGAGGUCAAACGGGUCACCUCCAACGCACGUCAUAUCGUGUGGGAUAAACUUAAAAAACAAACAACAUUGCUACCGGUGUGCAUGCCAUUGAAGGAAGUGCUGGCCGCGCCAUACGACAUCGUCGCUGCGGCGCAAAAAAUGACAUGCAGGGCCGUCAUCCUUGACAUCUCCCCCGCCAACUUUUGCACGACAUGGACCUCUCAAGAGUUCGACGCUCUGCACACUAUGAUGACUAAGUGUUGUGGCGUUAAUUGGGUUCUUUUUGUCUUCGCACCGCAGAAGGUGCAAAUUGAUGUUCUGCGUUGCUUAUUCCAGUGGGAGGACAUCGAACUCAUCCUCGGGACCUGGAAACGGGUGGACAGGCCAUCGAAUGACAUCACUAGGUAUGGCAAUAUCGCUACGGCGAGUCGAGACAUGAUGGCUAUUGUCCUGCACGCGGAGGGAGGGGAUCUCAGAAAGGUCACGGUCGCACCCCGCCUUGUCAAUGACCUCACAAACGUGCAUGUUGUGGAGGACAAGUUCGGGAAGUGUCUGGGGAAACACGGUGGCAUAGAGGGCGAUGAAAGUGUGGUGUAUUCCAUCUGGGAGCGAGAGCCUGGCAAGUUGCGUUCGUUGUGGGGGUCAUUCGUCGGGGAGAAGGAAGGUGUGUUUUUAUUGGGUAGGGCACACGCGGGUCUUGUGUGGGAAUUCUUACUUGCAGGGAAUAAUGUCAUUGCCUAUGACGAGUCGGCAAAGGACAUUGCAUACUUGACAAAGUUCAUCGAUAUACUUGUCAAGGAUGACAGAUUCAACUGCCACGUCGAGAAACUGCGUUGCAAACAUCGCCCGAACAGGGACAUGUUCCACAAGUUAGAGCCUAAGAGACUGAAGGUGUGGGAGUACCUGUUCCGCGAUAUGCCACAAGGACGGCUUGACAGGAAAAAUAUAUACAGGAAAGCAAAGGCAACAGACACCCUCAAACAUUAUCACGGUGCUCUCACUGGCGCCUUUGAGACUUUUGUUGCUCGAUGCGAGAUCCUGAAGUUCGAUCUUCUCAAAGACCAAUUGACGUCCAAGGACUACGCGGAGCUCGCGAAAUCGAGCGAUGGCUUUAACCCCGUCGACGGUAAGGAAGAUUCUUCGGACUCCGACCUCGAACUGGGCGAGGACACAUGUGCUGAGGUUCCACGCGGAGGAAUAGUGCAAGCUCAUGAUGACGGAACUGUCCAUUCGCACGAAGGGUCCAUCCCGGUGGCCGCCCCAAGCGUCGCCUCAAUGGUGGCCCCGUUGGAGACUGCUGCAUUGCAAGACAAUGGAAGAUGCGGUGGCAAUGAAGAAGACGACAUUGAGAUACCAGGUGAGGCGUCGACGCUCGCACCAGGCGAUGCAAUUCCUCCAGGCUACUGUGCUGACCUGAACACGAUUUAUUUCUUGGAGGGCAAACACACCCACACAGGCGAGGAUCAAUGGGGCCAUGACAUCAUAUGGCAUGAGGGCGUUUUACAGCCGUGCAUCCAAGAUGGGGAGUGGAAGAUGGCGGUGAAAUACACAAGCGGUUGGAAGACUUUUCGCCGGAUGUCAAAGGACAUCUGGUUGAAAACGACGGAGCUCGCGAUCCUGCAUCGCGUGCGCGUCGAGAUUCCAGGGCAGAGCGAGGCCGCCAUCAAAGCCAACGCCAAAGAAUUGUUUCAUAAGGUGCUAGAUACCUUAAAGGGUCUGUUGGCUCUUUUGAAGUUUGUGGACGGAGACGGCCCCACGAUCAGCAAGAUAUAUGGCCGCAUAGAGACGUUGGUGGGGAAGUUGAGAGAGAGCAAGAUGUUCGCGGAGGUGGAGAAGGAUGAGUUGGAGACCAUCAUCAUGCGGCGAUGGAAUGUCAUGACAUCUCCAUUGCAUUGUGCAACGAUGUUUUUGGAUCAUGAGUACAAAGUCAGCAAGCCGGAGCAGGAUAUGGAGGUUGCAUACGGGUUUUGGAUGUGGGUCUACUUUUGGUGCAAGCCAGCGAUGUACAAGGAGGUGGAUGAUCAUGUGAACAAUUGGAUCGAGUGGCGUCGGCAAAUUCAGGUCGGAGAAGGCGACGCAAGAAGCUGGAGGGAUGCAACCUGCACGAUGGUGGAAGAAAUGGUGCAGCGAGUUGCCCCAACUCCAUUGGCAAAUGCAAGCAAUCGGUUGAUCGACCAGGGAUCCUCCUCCUCCAGUUGUGAAUGGAAUUGGAGCCUCUUCAAGCGCAUCCAUUCUCGCCCAUGGAAUCGGCAUAUGUUGAAGAAGUUGAUGAAGAAGCCCAAGGCACGAGAGGAUGAGUUUUUGUGGGAGGAGGAUUUGGACCUCGAGAAGAAGGAGGUCCAAGCGCAUGCGAACAUGCGUGUGGAGGAGUGGCGGUCUCGUUUACAAGAGGAGAAUAGGAGACGGGAAUGCGAUGAUGAGGCGGAGGAGGACAACAGCGAGGUGGACGAUGAUGAGACGCGUUUAAGGAGAGGAAAGCAAUGGAGAAGAAGGAUAAAUGAUGCGCACGAGGAUCCAGGGCAGCUUGAGCGAGAGCUCAACGAUUCUUGGCAGAAAUCGACGAAGGCGUCCAAGUAUUUGGCUCGCCUGCAUUUGGGGGAGUUGCAGGAGGCGGCGAAAACCAUGAACGAGGCACAUGUUGUGGAGGAGGGGGUUGCAAUGGAGGAGAGUUGUGGGGCCAAUGGAAAUGUUGUCGAGGGAGAAUACUGAGAUUCCCAAGAACACCCCGCU